AGUAAUUCUCCUACUGACUGGGUUCAACCUACUCCUGCACAAAGUACAGAGUUUGGAUUCUGGUGUAAACGUCUUCUGGCAAGAGGUCCAAACAAGAGAAGUAGAACCAAGAUUUUAUGCUACAGCAGACGAUGCUCCGGAUAAAAGACCCCAAAAAGUCCCUGGAAUUUUAUACAAAUGUUCUUGGAAUGACCCUCCUUCAGAAAUUUGACUUCCCCUCCAUGAAAUUCUCACUCUACUUUAUGGCCUAUGAGGACAAGAAGGAUAUCCCAGCAGAUGUGAAGGAGAGAACGGCUUGGACAUUUUCCCGCAAGGCGACGCUUGAACUCACACACAACUGGGGAACAGAACAGGACGAGAAACCUUAUCACAAUGGCAACUCUGACCCCCGGGGUUUUGGUCACAUUGGCCUCGCAGUCCCAGAUGUCUAUGCUGCUUGUAAGAGAUUUGAGGAGCUUGGGGUCACCUUUGUAAAGAAACCAGAUGAUGGCAAAAUGAAAGGAUUGGCUUUCAUUCAAGACCCUGACGGAUACUGGAUUGAGAUUCUUAGUCCCAACAACAUGCAGUCUAUAAUCUAAUGGAGGUCCAAUCAUCGGAAUUCCAUGGCGACUGAUUGGCACAAAGAGAAACUGUUAAUUUACAUGGGGAAUAACUCUAAAUAAAUAACAAUUAUUAUGCACUUAUUCUCAUUUCCCUUUCCCUAAAAUGCAUCAAGUUGCUUCCAUUCCCUUAUAUGUAAUACCUGGAGCAGGACCCCAGGCAGACUCCGGCCUCUUCUGUGGGGUUGGUAAAGAGUUGUAGGUGGACAGAUUGCCAGAUCUGCUCUAGAGAUAAGAACAAACAAACAGAAGUGUGUAUUUGUCUUCUUUAUCCUUGGAAUAUAUUUGCCCUAUUUUGGGCACUUUCGUAGAUGUUAAAAUAUGCACUGGACUGAGGCCUGAGUUAAUAGGCCACUAGUUCAUAUGUUUACAGUCAAGAUCUAGAAAUCUGACCACACAUUGACCAAUUUGGCUACACUCAACCAAUCCCUAUGACCAAUAUAUUCCUGGGUUAUUUGGAUUGAUUCUGGAAACCUGCACCAGUGUCCUGGGUACAAUAGUAACACAGGUCACACAUUCUAGCAAACUAUAAACACUACUAAAAUCUGUGAACAAUUGCACUUGAUAGGAGUGAACUGUAACUGCCAGAAGUAACUAUACCGUGUAUCUGCCACUACAUGCUGGUUCCACAACUAUUUCCCAGUAUGGGAUCCCACAGGUAUACACUCAGUUCAUUGAUUUCCCAGCAUGCAGCAGACCUUGCAACGACUGCCGUUGGGAGAUUGGUCCCAGAAAGCACUGCACCCUAAUCUCUGGUUUGCUCCAGUUCAGACCAUCUUUCUCCCUUUUGUUCUGCAGGGGUGAAAGGGUCCCUUUAAACUCUGCAUUUGUGUGUGUUGCCUGAGGGCACUGGUAUAUAAAGUGUUAAUGUUUUUAUAACAUCCAUUUACUGCACUGUGGGAAAAUCACCCACCCUGGUGUUGGUGAACUUGAUGCAAUGCCGUAUAUCCUGAUAAUACUAUUAGUGCCUUCAUUAGUGUUAAACCUUGAUGAGUUCAUGCGAUUAAACUGGAUAUUAUUUUUACGCCAAAUAAAGGGUUUGAUAGAA